AUGUCAAAGCAAGAAAAAGGAAGAAGAGGAAGGCCAGCAACAAAAAAGCAUAGAGAUGAAGAAUAUGAAACAGAAGAGGACACUCUUAAAGCAAAAACCUAAGUUAAAAAUAAUUAAGGAUCGUAAUCAGGCUAAAAUGAACGUAGUAGAACUAGAAAUAGGGAUGAUAAAACUGAUUAUCAUCAUAAUUAACAAUAAUUAUAAACUCGACAAAAGGAUAGAGCAUUAUAGGAUGAUUAUGAUAAUUCUAAAAAAAGAGGAAGAUCUUGUAGGACUAAACCUCUUGAGAAUAAAAAGCAAGGCAAUGUAAUUGGAGAAGAGGAUGAGGAAGACGAUUUGGAAAAUUUCAACAAGUCUAACUCAAAGAGGAGCAGAAGAGAGGAGAGAGAGAGUUAAAAGACUCUAUCAGAAGACGAGGAUUAUGAAAAUGAAAGAAUGGACUCAAGAGAAGAUGAUGACAUUUUUCAAAUGGAUGAUACUUAGAGCAAAUCUAAGAACAAAGAUGAUUAAGAAGAAAAGUAUGAUGAUCUAACAUAGGAAUUAAAUAAUACGAUUAAUAAGGAUGACGAAACCUAUAGCUAAGAGUCAUAAGUAUCUUUGAAGAAAAAUGUCAAAGAGACUGUGAAACAACCUCCAUCUGGAAGAGGUAAAAGAGGAAGACCAGGAAGAAAGCCAGCAGUAGAAGUAACUCAGUAAUAGGAAAAAGAAAAACCUCAACCUCCUGCUACAUUAUCAAAAGAUUCAAAGCUUACUAAAAAACAAUAGAUAUUGAUAUUGAGGAAGAAUCUAAUUAAAAAUUGGUCUAAGAAAAAGAGUAACUAGAUUUAUGACGAGAGAUAAUCUUUGAAGUUUAAAAGUCCUCACUGGGUGAAAUAGCAAGCUCUCAAAAAAUCAAACGUUAAAGUUCAUCUAUAUAAGAAUUUAAAGCAAAUCUUGACUAAUUUUGACAAUAAUCCUCAAAAUGCAAACAAUCAAGAGUCUUCUAAAGAUCAAGGCCCUCAAUAUAAUUAGGAAAUAGGAUCAUAUAUGAGCAUUGAUUGUGGAAUAUCAGUAAGAGUUUAACCUAAAUAUUGUGAUUUUACAGGAUUUUUCUCUAAAUAUAAGCAUAAAGUGUGUGGGCUUAGAUAUACCGAAGAUUGGCAGUAUCAAAUGAUAGAUAAAAUGCAAAAUAGUAAAAUUGAAGAAUACUUAUAGCAAAGAAAAGCUUUUGUUUUCCUUAAAUGA